AUGGCUGCCUUGGAGGCCAGAACAUCGGCGGCCUUUCUCAUGAGCUUGGCGCUCUCGACCUCGGCUCUGGCCUGGAUAAUCUUGGACUCUCCGAUUCUCUUGGCUUCAGCUGCCAUCGACAGCGAGUUAGAAACACCUGGCGGCAGACUGAAGUCCUUGAUCAGCAAACUUUCGACCUUGACACCCCAAUUGGCUGCCGGCUCUGCAAUGAUCUCCUCAAUGGACUGGGCAAUCUCCUCUCUUCUCUCAAUUGCGUCUUGCAAAUUCCGUGCUCCGAGCACCUGUGAUGGAGACGUUGUCCUUGGUGUAGCAGGUCAAAGUUGGGAUCUGCAUGGUUUUCAAGGUGAUGUUCGCAUGGUGCAACUUCUCGCUCAAUGGGUUGACUUUGGUCAAUCCCGGGUCAACAGACUUGUACAGCUGACCAAACUUGGUAAUAAGACCGACAUUACCUUGAUCAACGUUUCUGUACGGGUUAGGGAAGCAGAAGCAGCACGGAAUGGCACCGAGGGUUCCAAAACACGAACCAACAGUGUCGACCAAGGACCCGUACCAGCCAUUGGUUGGGGUAUCCCACUCGAAUGCAUACGAGGCCUGGAAGUCUUCUCUGGCCCUUGGCUGUUUUGUGAUCACGGGGCCUGUUCUGCCAGAGCUCUUGGGCUUCACAAAAUCUUGGUCAGCCUGGAAGCUGUCAUCCGUAGGGAUGUUGUUGAGGUUAUUAUUUUCGUAAGGGGUAGUCAUUGA